UAUUCUAGAAACAGAAGUUAUUCCUUGGCAUGAUGGCCGCCAUUGGACUUGGAUAUGACCAAAUCAAAGACAAACUUCCCCAUGACAUCGACGUCGCUUGUCGUAAUAGUGCCACUAGUUGCACAAUAUCGGGUCCAGUUGAAAGCAUCAACGAGUUUGUGUCACUACUUAUGUCCGAAGGUGUCUUCGCGAAAUCCGUCAACGUUGGUGGCAUAGCGUUUCACAGUAGAUAUAUUCAAUCCGCUGGUCCGACUCUACUUAAAUAUUUAAAAGAUGUGAUCAAAGUACCAAAGAAAAGGUCGUCUAAAUGGCUUAGUAGUUCGUUGCCGGAAACUGAAUGGGAAUCUGACCUCGCAAAAUAUUCUUCUCCAGAAUAUCAUACAAACAAUCUAUUGAGUAGUGUGUUAUUGGAGGACGUUCUAAAUCACAUACCAAAAGACGCGAUUACAAUUGAAAUUGCUCCACAUGGUCUUCUUCAAGCAAUUAUAGAAAAAGCAUUACCUGAAACAGUAACCAAUAUUUCACUGACAAAAAGAAUUUAUGGAGAUUCGGUUCGAUUUCUACUUACCUCUAUUGGAAAAAUGUAUACUAGUGGAUUAAAUCCCAAAAUAAAAGAGCUGUAUCCAACAAUACAAUAUCCUGUAAGUCGUGGAACACCUUCAAUUUCCGGUUUACCGUUUUGGGACCAUACUGAAAAAUGGUCUGACGAACCCCAUAAUCUUGUAAAAUCUGGUGAACACGUAAUAUCCUUAGUACUUGAUGAAGAUAAACAUUUAGCUCAGUACCAAUUCCAAGGGCAACAUAUAAUACCAUUUUCAUUUAUAUUAUUUAAUGUUUGGAAGACAUUUAUUGAAAUAAACUCUAAAAGUUUGUAUGAAAAAUCGAUUCAAAUUCCAAAUCUUCGGUUCAAAAAUAAUGUUAAAAUACAUCCGACCGAUUCCUCUCAUUGUUACAUAAUGAUUCAAUUGGGAUCUGGUCUUUUUGAGUGCGAUGUGGACAAUGAGGUUAUUUUAUCAGGCGCGAUAAGUUUUUUAAAUAAUAUAGUCUUACGUUCAAAUGAAGAAAAAUCAAUAAACUUUGACAACACAACUGACAACUUACUUUGCAAUGUGUCAGAAAACGAGAUAUAUUCAGUUUUAAAAAACAACGGAUUCAAUUUAGGAUUCAAAAACAUCACAAAUCUAAAUGUUUAUAAAAAUAAUAUCCAAGGUUCCGUAAAAUGGGAAAACAAUUGGAUUUAUUUUUUGGAGUGUCUUUUUAAGUUUCCGUUUUUAGAACAUUUAGGCAUGGGCCCCAUUGAAAUUCCAGUUUAUAUAAGAGAAAUGUUUAUAAAUCCUGCGUUAUUUGAGAAUCGUUCAGAGAAAGAUAUAAGCGUAAAUUACAACAUACUAUCAAAUGAAGUAACUUGUGAUGGAAUUAAAAUAUUAGGGGUUAAAAACGCACCUAUAUCAUUACCCAUACUUAACUCUGCGGUAGUGAAAUUACAAGAAAAAUCCUUUACUAAAUUCAACAAUUUAAAAUGCAAAGGGUAUGUUGUGCGUUUAAUUAAUGGAAUUUUAUAUUCUUGUAAAGCGCAAACGAAAAUAUGUACUAAAUUUGGUAUUGGACAUUUGGACAUGGAAAAACAAGUUAAGCCCAAAAGUCUGACUGUGAAAUGCAUUGCCAAGCAUUGUUUUUCAAUGUUUUCAUGGGGUAUGAAACAUUGCAGGCUACUUGAUCUUGCGGAAGCAUCUAUGUCAUUGGUUCAUAAGAAACGAUUAUAA